AUGGAAGAAGGAAUCUUUGCUUACCUGAACUACCAUGUUCCCCGGACAAGGCGGGAGAUCCUGGAGACCCUUAUCAAAGGGCUGCAGCGGCUGGAGUACAGAGGCUAUGAUUCUGCAGGUGUGGGAAUUGAUGGCGGAAAUGACAAAGACUGGGAAGCUAAUGCCUGCAAAAUCCAGCUUAUCAAACAGAAGGGGAAAGUGAAGGCUCUGGACGAAGAGGUUCACAAGCAACAGGACAUGGACCUUGACAUCGAGUUUGACGUGCACCUUGGAAUCGCCCAUACCCGCUGGGCCACGCAUGGCGAGCCCAGUCCCAUCAACAGCCACCCGCAGCGCUCGGAUAAAAACAAUGAGUUCAUCGUCAUCCACAACGGCAUCAUCACCAACUACAAGGACCUGCGCAAGUUCCUGGAGAGCAAGGGCUACGACUUCGAGUCGGAGACGGACACGGAGAGCAUCGCCAAACUGGUCAAGUACAUGUACGACAACCGCGACAGCGACGACAUCAGCUUCACCACCCUGGUGGAGAGGGUCAUCCAGCAGCUGGAAGGUGCUUUCGCCCUUGUGUUCAAAAGUGUUCAUUAUCCUGGUCAAGCAGUUGGUACCAGGCGAGGCAGCCCCCUGCUCAUCGGGGUGCGCAGCGAGCACAAGCUCUCCACCGACCACAUCCCCAUCCUCUACCGGACAGCUGUACAAUCUAUGGAUCAUUCUUUUGAUGGAAUAUCCAUAAAAAUGGAGGAAGGGAAGGACAAGAAGGGAAGUUGCAACCUGUCUCGUGUGGACAGCACCACCUGCCUUUUCCCUGUGGAGGAGAAAGCUGUGGAGUACUACUUUGCUUCUGAUGCUAGUGCUGUCAUUGAGCAUACCAACAGAGUGAUUUUCCUGGAGGAUGAUGAUGUAGCUGCUGUGGUCGACGGCCGUCUUUCCAUCCACCGCAUUAAGCGCACGGCGGGCGACCACCCUGGACGGGCUGUCCAAACCCUGCAGAUGGAGCUUCAGCAGAUUAUGAAGGGUAACUUCAGCUCAUUUAUGCAGAAGGAAAUAUUUGAACAGCCAGAAUCUGUCGUUAAUACGAUGAGAGGAAGGGUCAACUUUGAUGACUACACUGUAAAUCUUGGGGGGUUGAAGGAUCACAUCAAGGAGAUUCAGAGGUGUCGUCGUUUAAUCCUCAUUGCCUGUGGGACAAGUUACCACGCUGGGGUUGCGACCCGCCAGGUUCUGGAAGAACUGACUGAAUUACCUGUUAUGGUGGAACUGGCCAGUGACUUCUUGGACAGAAACACCCCUGUCUUCAGAGAUGAUGUUUGCUUUUUCCUCAGCCAGUCAGGUGAGACAGCAGAUACCCUGAUGGGUCUUCGGUACUGCAAAGAGAGAGGAGCCUUAACUGUAGGAAUAACCAACACAGUUGGCAGCUCCAUAUCACGGGAGACAGACUGUGGUGUCCACAUCAAUGCAGGACCAGAGAUUGGAGUUGCCAGUACCAAGGCCUACACCAGCCAGUUUGUCUCCUUGGUGAUGUUUGCUCUGAUGAUGUGUGAUGACAGAAUCUCUAUGCAGGAGAGGCGCAAGGAAAUCAUGCGUGGGCUAAAAGGACUGCCAGAUUUAAUUAAAGAAGUGCUGAGCAUGGAUGAUGAGAUCCAGAAGCUGGCCACGGAGCUAUACCAUCAGAAGUCAGUUCUCAUCAUGGGACGUGGCUACCAUUAUGCUACAUGUCUUGAGGGAGCUUUGAAAAUCAAAGAAAUCACCUACAUGCACUCUGAAGGGAUCCUGGCAGGUGAGCUGAAGCACGGCCCUCUCGCGCUGGUGGACAAACUCAUGCCUGUUAUCAUGAUCAUCAUGAGAGACCACACGUAUGCAAAGUGCCAGAAUGCUCUGCAGCAGGUCAUUGCACGGCAAGGGCGACCUGUUGUGAUUUGUGAUAAGGAAGACAUCGAGACCAUUAAGAACAAUAAAAGAACAAUCAAAGUUCCUCAUUCAGUGGACUGUCUGCAGGGGAUCCUGAGUGUUAUCCCCCUUCAGCUCCUGGCUUUCCACCUUGCAGUUCUCAGAGGAUAUGAUGUUGAUUUUCCAAGAAAUCUGGCCAAGUCCGUAACUGUAGAGUGAAAGAUCAUCUGAAUCAUAGGGGCAAAGGGGGAUUAAAUGAAAGACUUUUUUUUGGUACCAAAAUAACUUGAUUUUAAAGUCCCCUAGGUAAAUCUUAUUUUGGUAAAUCAUUGUUUGUGUGUAAGAUCACCAUGAUUCCAUUACAUUAGUGAUUGUCAGAUUGAUUCCACGUGCUAUGGCAAUAGCUUUGGGGUUUUUUGAACAAUAGACUUCCAUGAAAGAUGUUCAGUGGUUUUCUUGAAAG